UUGUCCAUAACUAAGUUGUAUUAAUUUCAUCUUUGUAGUUUUCAAACCUGGUUGUGAAAUUUCAAGAACACUUCCAAUAUUUGAAUCUGGGAGAAGAACAACACAAAGAAUGAGUGUGGCUCUGGGAAACACUCUACAGGGUUUCUUAACCUUCAAGGAUGUUGUUCCAGAGUUCACACUAGAGGAAUGGGAAAGUCUCACUUAUGCUCAGCGGGCACUGUACAUGGAUGUGAUUUUGGAGACAUACAACAAUCUAUUGUCUGUGGAAAAUCAUCUGAUACGUGGAAAACAAGGGAAGAUCUUGGAACAAGACACAGAGUGCAUUAUCCAUGAACAUAUGAAUAUCCAAGAGAAGUUUUGUAAAUGGAAUGAGAUUAGCAAAAUGACUCUAGAUUCCACCCAAAGUACACCUUAUAAAACUCAUCUCCGAGAUUCCUCCCUUCGGUCCUCAAACCUGAAAAGACAUAAAGCUGGGAAUACGAGAGAAGUUCACAAAUAUAAAGACUGUGUACAGUUUUCUAAUGAAUGUGCUAUCAUUGGUGUAAAUUCUGGAAUCCACAUAGAGAACAAAGAACACAAAAAUACAGAAUUUGAUAACGAUUUUGUCUAUAAACAUAAACUGAAGCUGAAAGAAGACAUUAAUGGUAAGAGCCUUCACCAAGGUGGUGAAUGUGAGAAAUACUUUACCAAAACAAGGAAGCUUCAUUUGUAUCAGAGAAUUCAUACAGGAGAGAAACCUUACAAAUGCAGUGAAUGUGACAAAUGCUUUGUCUCCAACCUUAGUCUGAUAAUUCAUCAGAGAAUUCAUACAGGAGAGAAACCUUACAAAUGUAGUCAGUGUGACAAAUACUUUGCCCGAGAAUCUUGUCUUAGGCGUCAUCAGAGAAGUCAUUCAGGAGAGAAACCUUACAAAUGUAGUCAAUGUGACAAAUACUUUGCCCAAAAAUACUAUCUUAGUAUUCAUCAGAGAAUUCAUACUGGAGAGAAACGUUACAAAUGUAGUCAAUGUGACAAAUACUUUUCCCAAGAAUCUUGUCUUAGGCGUCAUCAGAGAAUUCAUACAGGAGAAAAACCUUAUAAAUGUAGUCAGUGUGACAAAUACUUUUCCCAAAAAUUCCAUCUUAGUAUUCAUCAGAGAAUUCAUACAGGAGAAAAACCUUACAAAUGUAGUGAGUGUGACAAAUGCUUUACUGAAAAACGCACUCUGAGAAACCAUAUGAGAAUUCAUACAGGAGAGAAACCUUACAAAUGUAGUGAGUGUGACAAAUGCUUUGGCCGCAAAGGUAGUCUGAGAAUUCAUCAGAGGAUUCAUACAGGAGAGAAACCUUACAAAUGCGGUGAAUGUGACAAAUGCUUUGGCCAACAAUCUCAUCGUAGUAUUCAUCAGAGAAUUCAUACUGGAGAGAAACCUUACAAAUGUAGUCAAUGUGACAAACAUUUUACCCAAGAAUCCUGUCUUAGGCGUCAUCAGAGAAUUCAUACGGGAGAUAAACCUUACAAAUGUUGUCAAUGUGACAAAUACUUUGCCCAAGAAUUCUAUCUUAGUAUUCAUCAGAGAAUUCAUACAGGAGAGAAACCUUACAAAUGCAGUGAAUGUGACAAAUGCUUUACUGAAAAAGGCACUCUGAGAAACCAUAUGAGACUUCAUACAGGAGAGAAACCUUACAAAUGCAGUGAAUGUGACAAAUCCUUUGUCCAACAAUCCCAUCUUACUGUUCAUCAGAGAAGUCAUACAGGAGAGAAACCUUACAAAUGUAGUCAAUGUGACAAAUGUUUUGCCCGAGAAUCCUGUCGUAGGCGUCAUCAGAGAAUUCAUACAGGAGAUAAACCUUACAAAUGUAGUCAAUGUGCCAAAUUCUUUGCCGAAGAAUCCUAUCUUAGUAUUCAUUAGAGAAUUCAUUAGAGAAUUUGUAAGGAGAGAAACCUUACAAAUGUGGUGAAUGUGAGAAAUACUUUACGUACAAAUUUAAUAUUAGUAUUUAUCAGAGAAUUUAUACUGGAGAGAAGCCUUACAAAUGCAGAGAAUCUGCAAAUGCUUUACUGAAACAGGGACUCUGAAAAUCCAUAUGAGAAUUCAUACAGGAAAUAAACCUUAAAAAUGCAAUGAAUGUGACAAAUGAUUUGACUAAGAAGUUAGUCAGAGAAUUCAUGAGAUAAUUCAUACAGUAGAGAAACCUUACAAAUGCUUUGAGUGUGACAAAUCCUUUGGUGCACAAUCCCAUCUCAGUAUUCAUCAGAGAGUUCAUACAGGAGAUAACCCUUUCACAUGCAGUAAUUAUGAAAAAUGCUUUGGCCCCAGAGUCUGAGAAUUCAUCUGAGAAUUCAUACAGGGGAAAAAUCAUACAAAUGUGGUUAAUAUGACAAAUGCAUUACUCAAAAAUCCAGUCUUCAUGUACAUUAGAGACUUCAUAGAGGAGAGAAACCUUACAAAAGCAGUGAAUGUGGCAAAUGCUUUACCCAAAUAUUCGCCUGUGAAGGCAUCAGAGAUUUCAUACAUGAGAUAAUACUUGCAAGUGUGAUGUACAUGGAAAAUGCAUUAACUACAAUGUCUGACAGAUUACAUAGAGAAAAAUUAUAAAUUUAGUCAAUGGGACAAUUCUUUACCAACAAAUAUCAUCUUAAAAUUGAUUAGAUAAUACUUAAUGGAGAAAAACUUUCAAAUGUAUUAGAGGUAUGAACCUUUUCUUUUGGCCUAUUUCUUAGAAUUAAGAAAAUACAUGUUACAAUCUGAAGAUAAACAAUGUAUUUGGAAAUAUCUUUGACUUCAUUUCAGGUUAGAGAAAACAUUUUACAUUUUUUUGUGGGGAAAGUAUAUCUUGCAACAAUUGACGUUCCACACUAGCGAAUUUGUAUGAUUAUGAAAACUUCAGAAACCUUCAUUCAAUGUUCAAAUCUUAGCGAAUGUCAACUACUUAUGCUGAGAAAAUCUCUGAAAAUAUGACAGGGUAGGAAAGUUUUCAUUGAACUUGUACGUGUCCACCUUCAAAUAUUCCAAGAUGAAGACAUGUGGGGAAGCCAGAAUAAUAUAGUGUUGUGUAACACUUUCAUGGCAACAGAAAUUAUCUGUUUCAAAUGGACUUCACCCCUCAAAAUAUCUAAUAAAACUGGCAGCAUCCUGUAUAUUCAAGGAAUCAAAUUCAGACAAAUUAUACUUAAAAAGUUUUAUUUGACAAACUGAGAUACCAAAACUUCUUGUUCUUGAUCCUAUAAAUAUGUCUACAGAUGUGAAAUCUCCUUUGACAGUCCAGUAUUCAUAAUUCUUAUUAAAUGCUGGUUUUAUGUUUGAGGAUAACGACUGAUUAUGUGUCCUUGGGCUGUGUGGUCAACAACUCCUUCCCCAUUGUCCUGUAAAUAAAUGUGAAUAAUUCACCAAG